GAUGAUCUGGAUUUUGCGGACAAUGAUGGAGGUGAUGAGGGAGGUGAUGAUGGAGAUGAUGACGAUGACCAAAGUGGUCGGCCCCAAAAGACUGGGCCACGUACUAGGAGUAGUACUAUGACACAUCAGCAGCAAGGGAAAUCCAAUAAGCAUACAGAACCUAGUGUGGAGCCUUCUGCUCAAUGUUCUGAACGCCAAUCUGAGAGGACCCAACAGAAGAGGGGACAUGGCAAGAAGUUGAACAACACAGACAGGGCAAGAAGUUGAACAACAUCCAGAGCAAGGAGUUGAAAAGCACUCAGUUUUUGUUAUUUGUUCAUUGAAAUUGAUGGGACAGAAUAUUUUAGCUUCGUUGAUUUACAACAAUUGCAGCCUUUGACGGUUUUUUUUUUUUGUGGUUUGACG